CCUGAAUUUACGAUCCCCUCGCUUCGUCGUCGGGAAGAAAGAUACAUGUGGAGUCUGUGAUAUCGCCUGGGAGCUAUAUGAGAUUCAUGAGCAGAGCGGUGCACAGAUUGACAUCCACAGCCAACAUCCUCGCACCAUCCCGCCCGAAUACUACUAUUCGAUUCGUGCCUGGAAUAAAGCCACAGCGAGUAUCCGCAUCGACCAUGUCUUCCUCGACCCCGGUCAAGCUCGCCAUACUGGACGACUAUGCCUCGAUCGCGCUCCCGCACUUCCAGGCCGUGCAGGGCCAGGUCCAGAUCGACACGUUCCCGACCACACUCAACGCGCGCAUCCCAGCCGAGCACACCCAACUCGUCGAGCGGCUGAAGCCGUACACGGUCAUUUCGUCGAUGCGCGAGCGCACGCUCUUCCCGCGCUCGGUGCUCGAGCAGCUCCCGAACCUGAAGCUCCUGUUGACCACGGCCAUGAAGAACGCGGCGAUCGACCUGGCCGCGUGCAAGGACCUAGGCAUCACGGUUGUCGGGACGACGCCGAAGCCCAACGCCGUCAAGGGCUACGACGCGACUAAUGAAAUCACCUGGGCCCUGAUUCUGGGCUUCGCAAAGGACGUCGUCCACGGCGACACGGUGAUCAAGUCGGCCUCCGCAGGCUGGCAGACGCACCUCACGUUCGGGCUGGCGGGCAAGACGCUCGGCCUGCUGGGACUGGGCAAGCUGGGCACGCAGUGCGCCGUGACGGGCGUGCUGGGGUUCGGGAUGAAGGUGCUGGCGUGGUCGAGCUCGCUGACGCAGGAAAAGGCCGACGAGGCGGCGCAGUCGCGCGGCCUGCCCAAGGGCAGCUUCCAGGUGGCCGGAUCAAAGAAGGAGCUGUUCGAGCGCGCCGACGUGCUGAGCGUGCACUACGUGCUCUCGGACCGCAGCCGGGGCAUCGUGGGCGCCGCCGAGCUCGCCGCCAUGAAGAAGUCCGCCUUCCUGGUCAACACGUCGCGCGGCCCGCUCGUCGACGAGCCCGCCCUCGUCGCCGCCCUCGAGGCCGGCACCAUCCGCGGCGUCGCCCUCGACGUCUUCGACACCGAGCCACUCCCCAAGGACACGCCCUGGCGGCGCAGCGGCUACUGGGGCCAGGACGGCAGGAGUCGCAUCCUGGUCAGUCCGCACAUGGGCUACGUCGAGGAGGAGACCAUGAACAGCUGGUACGAGCAGCAGGGUCGCGCCGUGGCGAGCUGGAUCAAGGGGGAGGAGGUCAAGGGCAUCAUGCAAUAGUCGGGUCGAUGUGCGAGUGAGCGGGUGAUGGGAGUGGUGGAGGGGAAGUUUUAGGGAAUUGGGCAGGUAUCGUAUAUAGAAGUACCCAUGGCGUCCUGUGAGAUAGGAACAAAGCUCGAGUGCUACAGUUU